AUGCCAAUUCCAACAACAGCACAACCACAACCUUUACCAUCACAACAACCACAAACUUUUUCAUCUCAACCACCGCCAUCACCUCAACAAACACAAUCUUCAUCUCAACCACAACCAUCAACAACACAAACACAAUCUCAGCAAUCACCAACAACAGUACAACCACAACCUUCAGGUCCCUCAAUUACUGGCAAACCAAUUAGUUAUGGAAAUACAAUUACAGGCAACAGUCCCACAGUUGCUAAUAACCCAAUUAGUUAUCAAUCUCCUACAUCUAGCACAAAUGCAAAUGGAAGUCCAAAUUCAAAUUUACUGAAUCUUCUUCCAAAUUUUUCUUCACUUACUCCUAAUGUACCAAGUCCAGCAUAUGCAACUUUCAUAAUAAGCCCCACAAAUUCACCAAAUAACGGAAAUGGAAAAAAUUCAAAUUCACCAAACAACGGAAAUGGAAACAAUUUAAAUUCACCAAACAACGGAAAUGGAAACAAUUUAAAUUUACCAAACAACGGAAAUGGAAACAAUUCAAAUUCACCAAAUAACGGAAAUGGAAACAAUUCAAAUUCACCAAACAACGGGAAUGGAAACAAUUCAAAUUCACCAAACAAUGGGAAUGGAAUCAAUUCAAAUUCACCAAACAACGGAAAUGGAAUCAAUUCAAAUUCACCAAACAACGGAAACGGAAACAAUUCAAAUUCACCAAACAACGGGAAUGGAAACAAUUCAAAUUCACCAAAUAACGGAAAUGGAAACAAUUCAAAUUCACCAAACAACGGAAAUGGAAACAAUUCAAAGUCACCAAACAACGGAAAUGAAAACAACUCAAAUUCACCAAACAACGGAAAUGGAAACAAUUCAAAGUCACCAAACAACGGAAAUGGAAACAAUUCAAAUUCACCAAACAACGGGAAUGGAAACAAUUCAAAUUCACCAAACAACGGGAAUGGAAGCAAUUUAAAUUUACCAACGGACCAACUUAGCACACUCGCACAGUCAAACAGUAACGGCAAUUAUCCUAAUACAAUUAGCACACUUAUACCGUCAAUUAGCGGCAACAAUUCUCCUAAUAUAGUAAGCUCACUUACAGAGUCGAGUAACACUCCUAAUACAAUAAUCUCGGUUACAUGGCCAAGUAACAGCAACUCUCCUACACCGCCAAGCAGUAACAACUCUCUUAAUACAGUAAGCUCGCCAACUUCAAAAGCAACUGAAAGUUCAAAUGCGAGUACAAAUUCAAGCAAAGCUUCUAGUUCGAGUGUUUCGACGAAAUCAACUACAAGUAAAGCAUCUCCGACAACAACUACAAAAAGUAAAACAAGUAGUAUUUUACCCAAUGCUGGCUCUUUUCUAAAUGUUAACAGAAAUUCAGAA